ACUAUCUUAUUUUGUCCCGCUGCACGCGUUUGGAUAUGUGAUUUGAAAUUAUGAUUUAAAAUUAUAGUUUGAAAUUAGUUUUUGGACAUGUGAUUUUAUUUUAUAAUUUUAAAUCAUGAGAUAAAAUUUUAAAUCAUCUAAAAAGACUGAAUUUUAAAUUAUGAUUUUCAAACCAUAUCCAAACGGCACAUAAGAACAACCUAAUAAAGUUUUUUAUUUUUUUUAUUUUGAUUAAUUUUUGUUAGAAUAUUAACUAGAAAACAUGAAAUUAGUUAUGAAAUUUAUCGCUAAAUAACUCCUAUUAAAUUGGAAUAGGAUGGGAUUUUUUAAUCUUUUGCUAUAGAAUAUUUUCCGUCGCUAAUUCUUUGCAGUUUCUUGUAGUAAUUGCGUAUUCUUAUUGAAUUCAAAUCAAAUUCACAUAUUCUAUUGUUUGUUCUGCUAAGUAGUAGAACUACUUAAUAAAGAUCAAACCUGUUCUCUUGAUCUUGAUUUGAAUUUCUUAUUAGAGUGGUGUUGUAGUAAUUGCUUAUUCUUUUAGAGGGGUUUAAAUGAGUAGGUGUUUUGCCAUAGUCUAUUGUUUGUUCUGUUAAGAACAACCUGAUAAAGAUCAAACCUUUUUCUCGAUUAUUUUCUGAUUUUCGAUUCGGGUUCUAACAUUGAAUAUAGUAGUAGUAAUUGAGUGUUCUCAUUUUUCCAGGGUAUAUCUGAAGUUUUUUUUCUUUUCUUCUUUUUCCUGAUUUGAAAUGAGCUUGCACAGGACUAAUUAACUGUCCUGUCCACUACUAUUUAUUUGCUCCUGGAUAUUUUUGACAUAUUCUUUUGUCUGAUACUGCUAAGAACAAACAUAAUAAAGAUCAAGCCUUUUCACUCACGAAUAGAUAAAAAUAAAGAUCAAACCUUUUGCAUAUAAUGUUUUGGUUUUGAUUUGUUUUUGAAAUUAGAAUAUUGUGUUAGUAAUUAGUAUUCUUAUUUCAAGUUAUUGAAUCUUUCUUUUCGGAUUAAAGAUAAGCUUGUAGAAAACUAAUAAAUCGAGAUUCUUUGUUUUGAUAAAACUUAUGCUGUUUGUCUUCGUUGUGGAGUUUAUUUCACUUACAGCUGACACUGGUUGAAUGAGUUUGAGAUUGAAGUUGAUUCUUAAAUCAACCUUUGGUCUUGAAGUUUAGGGUGUUAGACAGGACAUGGCACAGCUUUAGCUGACCGAGGACAUGACUUUAGAUAGGAAGAUUUGGAGGUCGAGGAUCAGUAUAGAAGGUUAAUAAGUAGUUGAGUUUUGUCGCACGGUGUGUGAGAGAGGUGGGGGGCUAGCCUCUCCAUCUCCUCUUCUCCUUUUCUUAGUAGUAUUAUUUAGGUAUUGCGUAGAUCCAUACCCUUAUGUGUGUAUUACUAUGUGUUGCUUCAUUUGUUUUGUAAUCUUGAUGUUUUGCUCUUUUAUUUUUCUUGCAAUCCUACAUUGACUAUGUUUCUUUUGAGCCGAGGGUCUAUCGGAAACAACAUCUCUACCUGACAAAGGUAGAGGUAAGGUCUGCGUACAUCCUAUUCUCCCCGUACCGCACUUGUGGGAUUACACUGGUAAUGUUGUUGUUGUUGAUCUUGAAGUUUAGGGUGCUGUUAAAAUUUGGUCCGCACUCAUUUGAAGAGUGCCCUGAAAUUUCAAUCUCCGCUGAGAGUUCUUGUACAAUGGGAUCUUACUUGAACUUCAAGAACUUUAUUGACACGCCACAUACAGAAAGCAAUGGUGGGAAGUCAAUGGGAAGUGGUAAUUUUCCUUUAGCUAGACAAUCUUCCAUAUACUCCUUGACAUUUGAUGAGCUCCAGACUACCUGCGGUCUCGGAAAAGAUCUUGGGUCAAUGAAUUUGGAGGACCUCUUGAAGAAUAUUUGGACAGCUGAAGAGUCGUCUCAAGGCUUAGCAUCUUCCACUGGUGUUGGAGAUGUGAGUAUGGCUGCGGGAAAUUUGCAGAGACAAGGUUCAUUAGCACUGCCUCGGACACUUAGUCAGAAAACGGUCGAUGAAGUAUGGAAAGAUUUCCAUAAAGAGACAACAGUUAGUUCAAAUAUUGGGCAGAAACGAUCUAACUUGGGUGAAAUGACAUUGGAGGAGUUUUUGGUAAAAGCAGGAGUGGUGAGAGAAGAUACUCAACCAACUGGAGCCUCAAACGAUGUUGGAUUCACCGGUGUUUUAGGUCAACUGAGUACUAACAACAAUGCUCUAAACAUCGGUUUUCAGCAACCAACUCAAAGCCCUGGACUUUGGAGUAAUCAAUUUGCUGAGAAUAACGUGUUGAAUGUGGUUAGUGAAAAAUCUUCCCAACAACAGCCAAAGCAGCGGCAACCUCUUAUUCCAAAACAAACGAAUGUUGCCUUUGCAUCUCCUAUGCAAUUGGAGAACAAUCACCAGCUGGCUAGCCCAGGGGCAAGGGCUCCGGUUGUUCAAGGCAGUGUUAUGCAGGGUGGAGUUACACUUACAUCAGUAAAAAGAGGAUCCGCUGGAAAUCAACUGUCACUCGACAUGAUUGCUAAGAACAAUGUGGAUACAUCUAUUUCACCUUCACCUUAUGCAUUUAGUGAAGGUGGAAGAGGGAGGAGAUCGUGCAGCUCAUUGGAAAAAGUUGUGGAAAGAAGGCAUAAGAGGAUGAUUAAGAACAGAGAGUCCGCAGCAAGAUCAAGGGCUCGGAAGCAGGCCUAUACUUUACAGUUGGAAGCUGAAGUGGAGAAGCUUAAAGAAAUUAAUGAAGAGUUGCAGAAAAAACAGGCUGAAUUUAUCGACAUGCAGAAAAAUCAGUUAUUGGAAAAAACUAAUAUGUCAUGGGGAAAUAAGUUAAAAUGCUUGAAAAGGACACUGACAGGACCUUGGUAGACCUCCACCGGCGCCACAUCCAGCAUACAAUUUUAGAGAAUAGUUAGAGUUGUCGAAAGAGUUGUAAUAUGUGAGUUAUGAUCUGAUUUGGAUCUUUUUUCACCAUAUUGUUGGUAGCUAUAAGUGAGUGGCAUGUCCUACUAGACGUAUGUAUUACUAUUAUCAUGUAAAUGGCAAAAGAGUUGUAAUAUGUGAGUUAUGAUCUGAUUUGGAUCUUUUUUCACCAUAUUGUUGGUAGCUAUAUGUACAUAAGUGAGAGUGCCAUGUACUAUAUAUAUGUAUUAUUAAUAUCAUGUAAAUGAGCUUCUUGUAUAAAGUUUCUGCUUUUUCUGCUUU